GGGGAGGGAAGGAGGGAGGGAGGAUGACAGCGCCGUGAAGAAAAGCAGGGGACCCGCUGCCCUCCCUCCUCCCGCACGGCAGGACCAGCAGCGGCCGCCGCCGGGCAGGGCCACCCCAGGCAGGGCUGGCAGGGCAGAGGAUGCCGGGCAGCUAGCCCAGGCCACCUCCCCGGCAGCGGGAGGGACCCGUGUGUCCUCUCCAUGGAGAUCCGACGCGCUCUGCCCCAGGAUUUCCGGGAACUACUGCACUGCCUGAAGAUGAGGAGCAAGUAUGCCGUCCUGCUGGUCUUCGUCAUCGGCCUCAUCAUCAUCGAGAAGGAGAACAACUUCAUCUCCAGGGUGUCGGACAAGCUGAAGCAGUCCCCUCAGGCACUGGCAGACGCCAACAGCACAGAGGCCAGCCCAGCACCAGCUGAGAACGGCUCGCUGGCCUCGCUGCAGGAGCUGGAUGCCGCCUUCUCCCAGCUGAGGUCUCACCUCCGCAACGUCACCCUGCAGCUGGCGGCUGACGGGGACCCCGGCCCGCGGCGCCACGUCCUGCUGAUGGCCACCACCCGCACCGGCUCCUCCUUCGUAGGGGAGUUCUUCAACCAGCAAGGCAGCAUCUUCUACCUCUUCGAGCCGCUCUGGCAUAUCGAGAGGACAGUGACUUUUGAGCCGGGAGGAGCCAAUGCAGUGGGCUCAGCCCUGGUCUACCGCGACGUCCUCAAGCAGCUCCUUCUCUGUGACCUCUACAUCUUGGAGAGCUUCAUCUCGCCGGCGCCCGAGGGCCACCUGACGCCCUUCAUGUUCCGGCGGGGCUCGAGCCGCUCGCUCUGCGAGGAGCCAGUCUGCACGCCCAGCACCAAGAAGGUCUUUGAGAAGUACCACUGCAAGAACCGCCGCUGCGGGCCCCUCAACAUCACACUGGCCGCCGAGGCGUGCCGGCGCAAGCAGCACAUGGCGCUGAAGACGGUGCGCAUCCGGCAGCUCGAGUUCCUGCAGCCGCUGGUGGAGGACCCUCGGCUGGAUGUGCGCAUCAUCCAGCUGGUGCGGGACCCCCGGGCCGUGCUGGCCUCCCGCAUGGUGGCCUUCUCGGGCAAGUACGAGACCUGGAAGAAGUGGGCAUCGGAAGGAGAGGCUCCCCUCCGUGAGGAGGAGGUGCAGCGGCUGCGGGGCAACUGCGAGAGCAUCCGUCUGUCGGCCGAGCUGGGGCUGCGGCGGCCGGGCUGGCUGCGGGGCCGCUACAUGCUGGUGCGCUACGAGGACGUGGCACGGGCGCCCCUGCAGAAAGCGGAGGAGAUGUACCGCUUCGCCGGGCUCCCCCUCACCCCCCAGGUGGAGGAGUGGAUCGGCAAAAACACGCAGGCACCCCGUGAUGGCAGCGGCGUCUACUCCACCCGCAAAAACUCCUCCGAGCAGUUUGAGAAGUGGCGGUUCAAUAUCCCCUUCAAGCUGGCGCAGGUGGUGCAGGACGCCUGUGCUCCAGCCAUGCGCCUCUUUGGCUACAAGCUGGCCAGCAGCCCCGCCGCGCUGGCCAACCGCUCCUUCAGCCUGCUGGAGGAGGCACAGCCCUCCUGGGUCACGUAACGGCUGGGGGCACGGCGGCGGGGGGGAACGAGAGGCUGCAGCCGUGCUCCCAGCCAGCCCGGAGGUGACACAGGGGUCUCUGCACCCAGAGAUGCUCCUCGCUUGCUGCCGGGUGGAAGGUGGCAGCCCCAGGAGCCACAGCAUCCUGGCAGAGCCGGAAUUUCUCCAGAAGAGGGGAAAUUGCAAGGUGAGGGGUAGUGGGGGAAAGCAAAGGGUCCGGCACCAGAGCCACCUCCUCAGCUUAGGGGCUGCACUGAGGAAGAGGAGGGUGAGGGCAAGCCGAGGGCAACAGGACCAAGCACCUCUGCAUUGUCACCCCUCCCAGCUAGGACAAGGCAAGGACAGGACCCCCGUGGUGCCAGCAAGGACCUGGACCCCAGAGGCCUGACUGGUUUAGUGCCUUAACACACCAGCACAGACUGGGAAUUGCCCUGGAGGCACGCUGGGGCAGCAGCUGCCCAUGGAGCACCGGCCGCGCUAGGGCUGCAAUGAAAUGAGGUGACUUUGUGGUUUGGUGCUCUUCCGAGUGGUUUGGGGAGCUUGGGGUUUUUUUCUUUCCUUUUUCUCCUGUGUAUUUGCAUACCAGGAUGGACAGGUGAAUUUAUUUAUUUAUUAAGUGAGAAAGAGGGGGAGGCAGGCCAAGGAGCUAAGCCUCAAAAUCAGAGCAGCACAACGUGCUCCAAAGAAAUGGAGAGACACCCAGAGCCAUGGGGGCGGAGGUCAGAUUUUGUCCAGAGACCACCACGUGCCCUGCCACACCAUCCCAGGAGAGCCCUCGGGGACCAUCGGACUAUAACCCCCCCAGGCCUCCAUGUGGGAGCAACUGCAGACCUCGGACUUAUUUAAUUAAAAGCAAAAAUACAACAGCAUCGAGUCCAAAGCA